ACCAGUCGUGCGCUUGUCCAUUUUCUUUUUCUGUGCCUUGAUGCCAUCAUCGAUGCUCUUUUCAACUACUAGGACUAUGCAGUCUUGAAAUGAGGUUAGGUGUUAGGUAUUGCAUUUCUUGUCCCAUCCUGUGUCCUGCUACUCUGCCAGGAUCAACUCGUCUUUUUCGAAAACCAAACAAGGAAACCAUAUUAAAAUCGACACAACUGGUGCAUGCCUGGAUCUGGAUGGUUUAAUCAUAUUUAUUAUGUCCUUUACGCCACGUUUUCUUAUGAGCAAGAAAGUCCAGUACUACACGGCCAAGAUGGUAAUGGAGAUUACACCAGAAUCAAAGUGGGAAGGCAAAGUACAGGCAAAACUAGAAGGACCGAAAGCAGAUCAAGUAUGGAUAAUUUUACAAGAUUUUUUCAAUUUACAUAAAUGGUUUCCCUCUCUCACUACUUGUUAUGGAAUCGAAGGUAUUUCAGGCCAACCCGGUUGUAUCCGUUAUUGUGCUGGGUCGAGUAUUCCAGCAUCAUCAUCCAUUAAUGGCCGUGAUGGUGAUGUUACGAUAACCAAUUGGUCAACGGAGAGACUAGUUGAUAUCGACUCAGUUCAACGGAGUAUAACUUAUGAGAUUGUAGACUGUAAUAUUGGGUUCAAGUCUUAUGUUUCCACCAUGAAAGUUGUACCUUAUAAUAAUGGUGAAAAUGAUGAAGAUAAUGGUUGUUUGAUUGAAUGGUCAUUCGUUGUUGACCCAAUUCAAGGGUGGGAACUAGAAACUUUGGUUUCUAAGUUUGAUUCUGGUUUGCAACGUACGGCAUCAAAGAUUGAAGCAACUCUUAACAACAAAGCCACAAAUGUUUCUGGAUGGGGUUAAUGAGUCGCAAGUAUAUGGCCAUUUAUAAAAACGAGAUUCUCAAUGUCAUUUAAGCACCCUCUUUACCACCGCAUUAAUGGA